AUGGACGGCUCACGAAAACGUGGUUUGCGGGAUGAUGAAAUCCAAGCCCUUAUGGACGAUGGGACCCUAGAAAAUUCCGAGUUCGAAGAUGAGGGAGAAGCGGAUACAGAUUUUGCAAGAAAACACGGUGACAACGCAGUCAAUAGUUCGUCGUCAGACUCCAGUGUAGACGACGAAACUCCUCUUUCCGAAUUUAGGAGUACAAGGAACGGACCACGCACUCGCGGAGGGAUAUCUAGUCGCCUUGGUCGUUAUGUAGAUGAUGAUUUAAUUCAAACCAUUGUUGCCAAAUCUAAUCAGACGCAUUUAAAAAAAUUCGGGACAAAUCUGCAUCUCAUCGAAUCUGAGCUUUACGUCUAUCUGGGCAUCACCAUGAUCAUGGCUAGUUUAAACUAUCCCAGGAUUAGGAUGUACUGGGAAACCAAAUAUCGAGUGCCGAUGAUAGCAGACAGUAUGCCCAGAAACAGAUUUUUGCAAUUAAGAAAUUCGCUUAAGUUUGUUUAUGACGAUGAUGUUAGCCGAGAGGAUCGUGCUAAAGACAAACUAUGGAAAAUUCGCCCUUUGCUUGAUAAAGUUGUGAAUGGAUGCCGCAAGCAAGUGAAACAGAAAUGUUUAUCUAUAGAUGAGAUGAUCGUACCCUUCACAGGGCAGUGCGGCAUCAAGCAGUACGUACCGGGCAAGCCUAAUCCAACAGGCUUGAAAGCGUUUGUACUCGCAAACCCUAAUGGGAUCGUUUGUAAUUUUAAAAUUUAUCAGGGACAAACGACAUAUCCUAAUUAUGACGAUACUGAUUUUGGUCUUGGUAUGAAAGCUGUGCUCGAUUUGGCCGAAAACCUGGCUCCUGGUCAUAUACUUUAUUUUGACCGGUACUUUACUACCGUAAAGCUUACAGAAGAACUUUUGUCGAAGAAUCUGUUGUGCGCUGGCACAAUUAUGAAAAACAGGAUUCCGUUAGAUGCAAGAAAUAAGCUGAAGGAAGACAGACAAAUGAAAACGGAAGGAAGAGGAACAACGCAGGUAUUGGUCAAUAGAAAACGUGAUUUGGCUUUGACAAAAUGGUAUGACAACAAAGGAGUAACCUUGUUGUCAACGAUUCACGCAGCCGAACCCAUGGACACGUGCAGAAGAUGGUGCAAGGCUCAAAAAACCUACGUGGAAGUGCAAAGACCUACUGUCGUCAAAGCUUACAAUACUAACAUGGGCGGGGUAGAUCUGGCAGACAGAUUAUUAUCCGUCUGUCCCAAUCGUUAUAGAACGGUUAAAUGGACACAGCGCGUUUUUAAUCAUAUGAUUGAUCUCGCUCUAUCAAAUUCUUGGCUGGUCUACAAAUCGCACAGAGUGGCCCAAAGAGUCCCUACCAGACAAAUACUUCAACUGCGUGAUUUCAAAUUGGAUGUCGGCGAAAGUUUGAUCGAAGCAUUUACAGUUACGGAUAUAGACACAGAUGGACACUCCGAAGAUGAAGAUCAAGAACAGACAAGAG